AUGGAGGCAGACCAUGAUAUACUUCACAGUAUAGAUAAAACUUCCAAGUUGAAGUGUUUGUCACCACAUUCUAAGAAGAAUGGCCGCAAGACAAAUUAUUGUAAGCGGCCCGGGUUGUUUUACAAGAAUCUUAUAAAAAAUCAAAAUGCUGUACAAACAAGUCACUAUUUUGAAUCGACAUGUAGCGGCCCAUGGAUUCCACCUAGAUCUCCUUAUGCUCUUAUACAGGAAGACUUGUUUCACAAUCCAUGGCAACUGUUGAUUGCAACUAUAUUUUUAACCAAAGUAACUGCAAAACUUGCUAUUCCAAAAAUUCACACAUUUCUGCUGAAAUGGCCAACACCAGAAGAUGUGACUAAAGCAGAUCCCCAAGAAUUACUUAGUUCAGUGGAGAAUUUAGGAUUAGAAAAUACUCGUGUUAAAACUAUAAAAAGAUUUACAGAGGAUUUCUUAUUAAAAAAUUGGAAGUACCCGAUAGAGUUGUAUGGAAUUGGCAAGUAUGGUAAUGAUUCAUACAGACUUUUUUGUGUGAACGAGUGGAGAAAAGUACAACCCGAUGAUAUACUGUUAUCAAAAUACAAAGACUGGCUAACGUUGAAUGAGAAACAACUUGGAAUCUGA